AUGGUGGAUAACAAUUGUAUUAUCGAAGGAAAUGUCAAAUUUCGUGAUGGCAAAAAAUGGAAAUCGCGAUGGUGUGUUAUGCGGAAAUUAUCUCCAGUGGCAGAUUGUUUACACCUACAACUUUAUGGAGACAGUAAAGACAGAUAUAAUAAGCAAGGACAAACAAAAGCCUCACUGAGUUUACAGCAUUUUUUAGGAAUAGAGAGUGGAUUUACACUUGAUAAAGAAUCUAAUACAAUAGCGAUUAUUUGUCAAGACUUAAUAGUUGUACUUGCCUUUGAUACGAGAGAACGUUUAAUUCAAUGGCAAGUAAAAAUUUCAAAUAAUUUGGGUGAAGAUCAACAAUUUUUAAUAAUAAUAUCAUCGGCACCCUCAAAAGCAAAAGUAUCAAACGGACCGGCGCAUUUACACAUUCAAGAUCGACGAUUUUGUUUAACAGUCGGUGUCCCGCCACGGUUGAUUGGCGUCUGGGAGCUUGCUCAUCUACGGCGUUACGGUGUUGUCGAGGGACGUUUUUGUUUUGAGGGUGGUUCACGAUGCGGCCGUGGUGAAGGUCUACACGUUCUAAUAACUGAUCAGGGAGAAGAUAUUGUGCGUACACUCCAACUAGCGGCCGAGGGUAAAUUGGCGACACGUAAACGGCCUCUUAAUCCACAAUUAUCAUCACAAGACAGCCCGACACGACGUCAAUUCAUACGGUCAGACACACGUGUCAGUGAUUUUUUUCCCUCAAAUGUUUCAUACACAUCAUCUGUAACGUACAAAGAUCACGAGGGUAUUAAAACAGAAACAACAUCGCCCUGUUGGUCGUCUACUGAAAGCAGGCAUUUUGAAUUAGACGCUGUUGAUUACAACACCAGCUAUCGUGAUACCGUUGGAUCAACUCAGGAACUAUCAGAUCAACAGCAGCAGCAGCAGCAGCAGCAACAACAACAACAACAACAACAACAACAACAUAAUACUUAUAAUUUUACUUCAUCUCCUCCUACGACUACUACUACUACUACUGCUACUACUACUACUACUACUACUACUACUACUACUACUACUACUACUACUACUACUACUACUACUAACACUAAUACUGCUGCUGCUACUACUUCUACUUUAACUAUCUCUAGUAUUAAUUAUCAGCAUCAAAAUCAACAACAGAGUAAUCAAAUUACUGAAUGGAGAAGUGGGUCUCUACCGCGACAAAAUACUUCUGGUAUAGAAAGAUGUGCCAGUUGUAUCAGUAAAUUAGGCGCAAUAUCAAAAAAUUCAGUUAUUACUAGUAGUAACAACACUUCAAGUCACACAAAUACUAUUUGUUCUAGUCCCAGUAGUGGUAAUAAUAUUUUUAAUAAUUUUACUAAUAAUAAUAAUAAUAAUAAUAAUAAUAAUAGUACCACGUGCCAUUCGCAACAGCCACGCGCCUUCGACAGAUUAUCCUUAUCAUCUUACAGCAGCUCGAGCCAUGACAGUGAUUAUUCUGGAUCACAGAAUGCCGACUCGGUCUGUUUAUCAUCAUCAUCAAAAAAUUCACCCUCUUUACCAUCUAAAGAUUCAAGCUGCUUGUUACUUAAAAAUUCACCAGAAGAACCUCAACUUGCUGAUCAAGAACAGCAACAACAAUCGGAAGAAAAUAAAGAUAAUAAAGAGAAUAAAGAAGAAGAUAAAGAUAAAUUUGAAAAAUUAAAUACAUUACCGAGUCCAACGACAUUACCACCGCGACCAGCUAAACCGUCCAACAAAAAUAUAUAUAAUAUAAAUAAUAAAAAUAAAAAUAAAAAACCACCUAUGCCACUUCCAAAUGAACGUUGUACGUGUAAACAAAAAUCAACGAUAACUAAAUCAAGUCCUUACGAUAAUUACGACAUUCCAAAGAGUAUUUUAGCUCACCAUAUGUCAUUAGAACCGGCAACAAAUCAAGGCGAUCAGUAUUACGAUACACCUAGAAAAAUAAAAGAAUGUUUGGCAUUACCAAAAAAUUAUCCAAAUUACGAUACACCUCACUCGGCACCUCAAGCUGUUAUGCUUAAACAGUGUGGAUGCCCAGCUAAAUUAUCCUCAUUGGCCUCUUUUUCUUCUUCUUCUUCUUCUUCUUCUUCUUCUGCUACAUCCUCUUCAUCAUCUUCAUCGCGGCUUGGUGGUUGUCCCUGUCAUAAUGUAAUGAGUUGGGCGGGAUUUGUUCUCCCUUAUUGUCGUCGUGGAGCUGGUAUUGAACCAACUGGAGUUGCUGUGCAUCCAAUUAAAUUGUCAGGUCAAGGUAAAAUGCCUGUUGUCAAUGCCAAUGGUGAAUUGGCUAUUUAUCCAACCAUUUUAAAUAAUAAAAAAUUGGAUGAUAGUAUAAAUAAUACUACAACAACUAUAUCAAAUUGUACUACUACCAGUAGUAGUAGUAAUAUUACUACUGCCAAUAAUUAUGAAAAUAUUGAGCCAAUUGUUGUUAUUGAUACACAGCCAGAAUCAAAACUAGGUAAUUACGUAAAUAUCGAUUUCACUGAAUCGCUCGAGUAUUACGAAAAUAGCCGUGAUUUAAUUGCCAAAGCAGGAAUUUCACAGGAAGAAAUGAAUGAAAUAGCUGAGGAUUUAAAACAACAAUCUAUAGAUAUUAAUGAUGAUGAUGAUGAUGAUGAUGAUGAUGAAAUUAAAUCACAAGUUAUUCAAGACAAAGUAUGCAAUAAAUGUGGACACGUUAAAGAUAAUAAUAGUUCUAGUCUUAAUAAUUAUCUUGUUAUGAAUCCAGAUAAUAAUAAACCUAAACAAUUUAAAAAAUCAUUUCCCGGUUAUUUACCAAUGCAACCAUCGAUAUCACCACACAAUGCCUGUUCAAAAGAAGUUAUCUCACGUAUUUGUGGUACUAAAAGCUCCAGUAAUCCAACUUUAUUUGGAUCAUCAUCAUCAUCAUCAUCAUUAUUAUUAUUAUCAUCAUCAUCAUCAUCACCAUCAUCAUCAUCAUCCUCACCGUUAGUUGAAAUAAAUAGAAAACGAUCUGAUUCAGAAUUACGUAUUCCUGGUUCAGCAAUGUUAUCAAGUCCGUAUCUACGUCGACGUUUAAUCGAUCCUUCAAUAUUUCAUAAUCAACAACAACAACAACAACAACAACAACAACAACACAAUAAUCAUCACAACAAUCAUGGAGAAUCUAGUAAUUUAGAAAUUUUGUGGAGAAAACGAUCUUAUUCUACUGAAUCACCAUCAUCUAAUUACUUAGAAGAUUCUAGUCCAAGUCCAGGAUUUUCAUCUUCAACAAUACACAAAUGUCCAAGUGAUAGUGGUGAAAAAUUGAUUAUGUUGACUAAAGAUCAACCAAUUAUAACUUGCUCUGAUUUAAAAAUAAAUAAUCGUGAUAAUGAUGACGAGUCAACUCAAAUUGUUGGACAUAAUAAUGGACACUCCACUGGAUUUUCGUCUAUUAAAAUACGUCGAUCAUCAUCUGUACCAUCUAAAACUGGACACAAUCGUGAUUCUUCAAGUAGUAAUGACUCGGGUGUGUCAACAGGUUCAUUAAGUCAUCGUAAUGGUGAAUUUGGUGAAUGUGAUAUAACAACCACCACCCUUCCAAUUAACGGAAUAAUAAAUUUAUCUUCGAAAAAACAAAACAAUAUUAUAACAACUAUUUGCAACCGUAAAAGCCCACCACCAGUUACUAUAUGUUAUCACGGAAGUUUACCGAGAAAAUCAAAAUCCAGUGAUCCAUUGAGAGAACUAUCUUUUCAAUUUCAAAAAAUAAAAAUACCAACAAAAUCUUGUUCCACAGAGGGUGAUAUACCUAAACAAAAUAAUAAUAAUAAUAAUAAUAAUAAUAAUAAUAAUACCAAUAAUAAAGGAUACUCAAGUCCUGGUGAAAAUUCUGGUACUCCUUAUAUUGACUCAAGAAGUACCAGUAGUGGUACUUCAGAUAUGUCUGAUUAUAUUGAAACAUUGUCACUUUCAUCUCAUUCAUCGUCUGAUACACCAGAUAGUCUCAGGGGAAGAGCUGUGGCAACGACUUUACGACCGCGAAGUGGCAAAGAGUAUUACAAAAUAGACAGAAGUAUUUUAGCAGAACAGAGUCGUAAUUUAUCAACAUCAGGAUCUAGUUAUGCAAACAUAACACCAGUUUUAGAGAAAAGCGAAUCACCAUCGCCAGGUUACAUAAGCAGUUCACCAUUUGAACAGCCUCCACCCUCACGAGAGCACUUUAUUUUCUCAGAGGUAAAUUGUUGA